GAGGAGGGUGGGGAUAAGGAAUUGGAGGUCGAGGUAGCUGGAGGAGGGAUAGGGGGAGCGGUACAGGCAUAUGAAAGGGGACGGGAAAGAGAAAAGAGUAACGACGCGGCGAGCCAGCGGUCGGAAAGCGUGGUUGUUAUGAGCGCCGCGCUGGGGUAUACACCUGCGCCUGCGCCCGCGCUUGUAAGCGUAACUUCGCCGGUGAGGAGGAGCCCAUCUAUGGUCUCGUCACUGUCGUCGUCGACGAGGAGUCAGGGGCAGUAUGAAAGGUUGGUCCCGUCGCCGGUGACGGACGAGACGCCGUAUGUGUGGGCGCCGCCACCGGUUCCGUCGAUUAAUCAAGCUGGAGCGGAAUUGGGAAAUAGGGGGGCGGAAACGGGAGAGAGGAGGCAAUCUGCCAUUCCGGCAGUUUUGAGACCGGGAGGAGGUUGAAGCACGGCGAUUGGACAAGGAAAGCUUUUGUGGGAAUUAAUUGAAUAAAGCUCGGAUUCGACCACGAAUGUAGGGAUUUUAGGGAUUUUAGGGAUUUCACUCUCGAUUUCGUUCGAUGCUAUGGGAUAUUUUCCCCUUGAUGCGAUAAGUGAAGGUGGUUCAUUGAGCAAGCUAUUCCAGUUGCUCAGGCAACAAACCAUCAAUAACUUAACUUGGGUGAAGAGAUAAAUAGGAUGUGGUGAAUGGUUCGCGAUUUCCGGGUGCAGGUGCUUCGUGAUACCAGGAAAUAAUGAGCAAAAAAGAG